GACUUCAUGUGGUAAAGUUUAGCUAAUGACCUCAUAUUUAUAUAUAUGUGUUGAUGAGUUUAAAAUGGAAAUCUAGGACUUUUUUAGGCAACGUAUUUUACCAUGUCUUGAAUGUGUACUCGGUGAACCCGUUUUUGACCUCAAGAUUGGGCUGUCAGUCUAAAGCAGCAGACGAAUCUCCUCCGAAAUAACGACAACAGAAGUUUAAGUUGGUAGCAGACUGACACAGUUUCCAUAGAAAGAAAAAUCAGCUGUUCCAGUAGUUGACCAUCAACAGGAUAGAAAAUGAUUGUAAAUGUACUGAGGAUGUGCCCAGUGCCUGGUGAAAGAGUAGAAAAGCAGGAUCACCCCUGGAGACAACCGGAGUAAAAAGACAAUCAAAUCAAGCACAGACACCUAGUCAGAAGAAAGCAGGCAGCCAUGUGAAUGAAAAUCACAGCAACUUUUAAAACUUAUUUCUUUUAAAAAAGUUACAGAAAAGUUGUGAAGAUGGUUUUACGGAUUUCUUCAAACUUCAGAAAAGCUUAAGAAAUUUCCCUGUAACAUAGAGGUAGUGAGGAGAAUGGGGAUUUUAAUAUUGUGCAUUUAGAAGUCAGAUCUACACCAUGUACACGUUUAUGGACCAGCUUGUGGACUGUGAGGCUUUAGACUCCAGUAACCAGUGUGAAGAGGAGGCAGUUGAGGUCGAAGGUCAAGGGGAACCUGCCUGGAAUCUUGUCGACAGUGACUCCCUUGUAGAACUUCUCAAGGCAGGCCUUGAUAAGGUUCUUCUGAUUGACAGCCGUUCCUUCCUAGAGCACAAUACAUCUCGGAUCCAACAGUCGGUCAAUGUCUGUUGUUCCAAGUUGGUCAAACGAAGGCUUCAACAGAACAAGGUCCACAUUAAGGAGUUCCUGACACAAACAUGCCAUAUCGACAUAGAGGAAUACAGUGAUGUUAUUGUUUAUGAUCAGUGUACGGAGUUACCUGCCCUUCUCACCAGUGACAACUUCCUUAUCGUCCUUCUCCGAAAACUCAUGACAUGCUCUUUGUUCAAAAGUGUGGCUUUGUUGAAAGGUGGAUAUUUGGCUUUUCAAGCCAUGCAUCCCAUGUUGUGUGAAAACAAAGGCACGAGCAGCUACAAAUGUGCACCCCUAACAUCACUGUCCCAGCCAUGUCUGCCUGUCAGCAAUGUGGGGCCCACUCGGAUACUGUCCUUCCUGUACCUGGGCUCUCAUCGCGACGCCAUGUCUCAGGACAUCAUACAGGUGAACGACAUCUCGUACAUACUAAACGUCAGUACCACCUGUCCUCAGCCACCCUUUAUACAGGAGGGACACUUCUUCCGCAUUCCAGUCAAUGACAACUAUAGUGCUAAGAUGAUGCCGUUCUUCGAGGAAGCAUUCCAAUUUUUAGACAAAGUGCGAGAGGCUAAUGGCUGUGUGCUAGUUCACUGUUUGGCCGGAAUCUCACGGUCACCAACACUAGCCAUCGCCUAUGUCAUGAAGCAUCUCAACAUGUCCUCUGAUGAUGCUUACAGAUAUGUUAAAGACAAAAGACCCACAAUCUCACCAAAUUUCAACUUCUUGGGACAGUUGUUAGAGUUUGAAAAGAAUUUCAGAAAUAAUGAAGAAUCAAAAGCCAAAAGGGACACAUUUUGUCGACCAAGUGAAGUGCGAAACAUGUCAAUGACAAUGGAUUUGCGUAGCCCUUCAUCACCUGUGGCUAAACUUAAAAAACCUUUCUCGUUUGAUUUGAUGGGUUCCUCUAUGGCCACUCAGGAGGCAUCCUUACCCUGCUCUGGACUAAAAAGGGAUAAUAACGACAAUCUUCCUUUUGAUGAAGAUAGAGGACGUGACUUUGGACUGUCACAGCCGAUCAGAAACAUGAAGAGAUCAAUGUCUCAUAACCUUGACCUCAGCCACACUGGACAUGACACAAGUAACAGUAAUACUGUUAACACUGACAAGCCAGACCAGUCCCAAUGUAAGACAUUCAGCCGUGGCUCUAGUCCCUUCGCUCAGGCUCUUCUCCCACUUUGUGAAUCUCCGGUCCCAAUGACACCAUCUUCAGAAAUGCCUCCAUUCCCAUUUGGACUCACCAAUAUAAAUUCAUCAAGUAGCGCUUGUCCAGAAUCUCUCAAUAAAGAGAACAACACAGAAAAAGAAAGUCAGUUAAUUGCUUCAUCUCCUCGCUCAAAAACAGCUGGCAUGAGGACAUUUAUGUUGCCCCUGUCACCUGUGACACUACCAUCUGAGAACUUUGUGUCCUCUGUAAAUGCCUCCAUCACUGAAACAAGUAGCAGUGGUGGUAGUAAUGCUAAACAUGUUGUGAUAGAACGGAAACGCACUUUAGUGACCUCUCCUUUAUCUGUUUCACCUGGAAGAAAAUUCUCUAAGCCUUUCACAUUACCGUUAUCCCCAGUGCUGUCGCCAUCCAUUGAUGGCAUUCCAGAAUCUACAACAGGUGCUGAGCCUGCAUCUCAUAAACAGUCCAGACCUUGUGAAUUGUCUAUUUCUCAAGAAUCAUCUUUAGAACAGUCCAGCAAACAAGACUUUGGACCUGUUUCUAUGACUACAGAUUUAGGUAAGACAGUUACAAGGAAGCAAGAAGUGACAAAACAUUCAGUAUGUGAAACACAGGUGUCAUCUAGCAGUACAUCAAUUGUGUCUCAAAGUUUUGUGUCGUCUAAACGCAAAAUUUCCACCAAAGCAUUCCAUUUGUCUCUAUCUCCAAUAACACUUCCAUCUCCUGAUUCCAGCAGUCGCUCAUUCAUGGACCCGAGGAAUGAAUUAGACAAAUCACCAUCAAGGCAUAGAUUGCCAUCAAUGGAACAGGAGAAAGGAUCCCUUUUAUCACUUGGAUCAUCUAAUGAACUGACUAAAUUUAGCAAAGCAGAGCGUGUCAGUAGAUCUCUAGGUUUGACAGUCAUGUCACCUGAAAGUGAAACAAUGUCCAUUUCUGUGAGUGAGAAAUCAUUUGUUGACAAGAACUGUGCAAUAUCUUCACCUCUGAGGCCAUCAGAAUUGAACUGCUUUUCAAACAGUGAAACUUCAUCAUCAGAAAUGAUGACAAUGACAGAUUUUUCAGGAUUCAGCAGCAGGGAGUUAAAAUCUUGCCCCACUGCUACAAUCACCAAAUCUCAGCUUCGACCAACAUUCUCCUUACAGCUUGGUGUGGCACCAGCUGUUUCUAUGAAACCAGACACAGCAGAGAAGUCAAGAAAAGCUACAGUGAAUUGCACGACUUCGUCCUCUGUGGCAGACCCAAGUCCAGAGUCAAGUGACAUUGGUAGUAACUUAUCUCAAGAGCAGACAAAGUCAAAGAAACUGGGGACUGGAAUGAGUCAGUUGUGUCCAGCUGCUUCUCCUCAGACAAUUCAGUCCCCGUCUGCAGCAUUAGCUCGCCUCCAUUUUGAAAAUGCAAUCUCAGAGCGAACAGAAACUGUUACAAUGGAAAAUAUUUCAGAGGCGAUCAAUUUUCCAUCUACCUCUCUGGACAAGUUGAACUUUACACCCUGUUUUGCAAAAUCACAUUCAUCAUCACCAUCUUUAUCACCAUCAUCGUCAAUGUCACCGUCUUUGCCGGUAACCACCAGUAUUUCAGUGUCGUCAGUGGGCAGUAGCAAUGCAAUGGACAUAGGUUCUCCUCUCAGUUCUCCCAUGGUAGUCAGCAGCACAGUAUCUUCAUCUACAUCUGCUACGUCAACCUCAAAGGUCAUGCUCAGGUCAAAGGGUAAUAGGGCAAAAAAGUCUUUAGUACGUCCAGCAAGUAUAGCGUUUUCUACGUAUCCUACGUGUGAUCUCGGUUCUGAUUGUCAGGAAUCACCUAGUUCUGGGAGCAACACUUCUCAAGAUGAUGCAUCUGAUAUGUAUAUGGUACAAAAUGGAAAGCGAUCCAAACCUUCUGUAGACUCAGAUUGUGCAAGUCGCAGUCAUUAUGGACGUUACUCUGAACGUGAGGUUUACAAACAGAUUACAGCAGCGAUGGAAAGUGCUAUGUUCAGGACACAAGUGUAUGAGGCAAGUAGAAAAACGCGUAGCAUGGAUGACAUUUUAAAUGGAGAACAGGAACUUUCAGAAUCUGACUGUGUGUGUACACCAUUUGGAAAGAUUCCACGACGAUGUGCAGACAGAAUGUCAUCAACAGGACUGUUUGAGAAUUUGCCUUGUCGUUGUCGAGGGGGACAGGAUAUCUACCAAUCGAAUAGCAGCAUAUCAUCGAGUGGCAGUCACAGCUCACUACAUGGCAGCCUAGAACUCAUUCAGGGACAAGAACAGGUAGAGGAUGGGUUUGGACAUCUGGCUACACAGCCUCCUAGUGGCUGGAUCUGGUGUACACAGCCUCCUUAGAAACUUGGGCAUGGAAGCCAUCGUAUGACAGCACUGUGUUCCAUUGAUCAUCCUGCACAGCAGAAAUUCUCAGGACUACGACCGUCAUUGUCACGCCGAUAUUUGUCUACACUUAGUCCCACCUAGUAUUAUGAGGGUUUAGUGCCUUACACAGAAUAUCAUGUGAUUCAUGCCAUAACUACCUGAACAUAGUCUUGUUUCUUAUUGUUGUCACAUUAUGUCAGAGCAUAAAAGGGAUUGUUUGACCGAUACAAAGAAUGUUAGUGAAAUGAGGUUUAACUUUGUCUCUUGUGUGUUACUAAAUUCACAAAUUCAAGAUAAUUUUUUAAUAUUGUACAACUAGAUUUUGUUAAUUACUUCUGAAACACCUCCCAAUCAGGUAGUUCCAAUACUGUUAUUAUUGUCCAGAUUGUUAAAAGUUCUUUUAAUUUAAAACAGAAAGUGUUGCUCAGGUGGAAGAUGUGUUGUUAUUAUCAUUGAUAUUACCUCAGCUUGACUUAUCUCACCUCUCCUGAUUUUGUAGGUUAUUUUUAAUGAUUGCAUGGAGAUCCUUGUAUUACAUUAAAAUUUUGUUUCUUCUGUCUUUUGUAGCCAAAAAUAUGCUUUAUUAUUCAAAUAUGAUAAAAAAUAUGAUAAGAAAUAUGAAAGGACACUUACUAGAAAUAUUUCUUGGAAACACUACAUUGUGAUUUUGCCUUACAAAGUCCACUAUGGUAAUAAGUGUACCAUCACAAUGCUGUUCUUCCUAAUAUCAGAUAAAAAUACAAUUUUUACCUCAAUCAAAACUUCUCAGAUGUCAGAAGUGAAUGAAUAUGUAAAGAAUUCAAACAUUUUAGUCGAGGAUAAGCCAUCUACCCCCAAACUUGGUGAAGAACAAAAACACACUUAAUGAUAUAAAUCUUCAGUCUAAAAGAAAACAUUUCAAACUUUAUAGACCAAUUGUUAUGAUAGAAACGAUAGCUGUCAGUAUUACCACUCGCUACAAAACAGAGUUAUGUUGUUUUGAAAAAUAGUUUCCUUGUUGCAAAAUGGAAACUUUUGCACUACAUGUGAGUUGAUGUGACAACACAUUUACCAAGUGGUACCUAGCAUUAACUCUCACAAGUCUGCUGAUCCACUGGUAUAAAUGUCUAAGGUAAUAUUUCACUACACUCCAGGACAGGCUACAGGACACACCUAAUAUACCCAAUCACAGGUCAAGGUCAGAGGAACCAAGCUUACCAUUACAGUUUAUGUUAUUUAAAAAGAAUUUGAAAGAAAAAAACCAAAAAAAAAACCCACAAUUUUGUUUUAAGAAAGGCAUUAAAAUGAAUCUGAAGCCAAUGAAAUAUUUAGGCGUAGUUUGUUGGAAGUAUGCUCCCAUCUCAUUACAAGGCCUAAUGUAAUAGGAAGAGGCAAUGUAAAAUACUCUGCCUGCGCUGGGCCUCAAACUAGUCACCUUUCCCUCUCAAAGCAAACAUCUUACCACUAGGCUAAAGGGAAAUUCACGCUAGCCUGAUCUAGUAAGGCGACCUUAUACUCUCUACUUUUACACUACUCCCUCCUUCACAAAGUCUUCAUCCCCAAAGACAACCACAACCCAUCCCAGGUUCUAUAGCUCCACGGAAGCCUCUCAAUCUCUUAUAGCUUACACUUGGAGUGGUCAACAGCACCAAAUCUGUAAUAGGAAGGAGUAAUGAAAAAUACCCUGCCCGUGCCAGGACUGUAAUAAGCGACCUUUUGCUCUUAAGGCAAACAUCCUACCAUUAGACUAAAGGGAAAUUCCCGUUAGUCUGAACUAGUAAGUUGACCUUAUACUCUCCACUUUUACAGUAUUACACAGUUAUUGAAAAGGGUACUUUUCUAUUAUCAUUAUUACGAAAAUGAGUCUUAACUCAAAGCAGGAGGUGGAGCUAUAGCACGACAAAUAGCAAUGUAAUAGUCCUGAGUGUGCUUAUUAGCCAACCUGGGCUUAUUGAUGGAUAGAUACAGUAUUUAGGGAAGUAAGUAUUAACAAAAAUGUCAUAAGUGUAUAGUUUAGUUUGACUUAAGUGUUGUGGAACAUUUUUCCUGACAGGGAAAUGUGAUAUAGAGGGAACUUUGACAUUUAUAAAAUACAAACAAAUAAAUAAUUUGAAAGAUCAAAUUUGAAUACUAUACAGCCAUCCCCUGGUAUCAUAAAAGAUUUAACCUACUGAUAGGUUGUCCGUUACCAAGCCAGUUUACGAAGAUGGACGUCUCUGAGGCAACGUAAGAAAAUCUUCACAAUUGUCAUUGUUUGAAUUGAAACAGGUAAUUUUUACAUGUAAUACAUUGAAAAACUGGCAAUAAGAAAAAAGAGCGAGGAGUUAAUGUCAUUGUACCUACAUGAUAUACAUAGUAUAAAACAAAAAUCAAAUUACAUUGAAACUGUGUAAUUUAAAAUAUAAAACAUGAUAUUACAUGACUUACAAUAGUAUUUAUACAUGUAAAUUGAAAAAGAAUUGUAGAUUUUUGUAUGAAAAAGAAAAAAAAAAGUUUUUAAAAGUCUCCUAGAUAUAAGGAUUAAAAUCCUUUAGUAUCGUUGUUGUAGUUUUCAAAUGUUCGAUAUUCUAGACUAUGAAGAAACUUUGUGUUUUAGAUUAUAUGGUUGUAAUAAAUGAUAAAAAAUGAGCAAACACUUCAUGGUUGUUCCAUUGUUCUAGUUUUACUAUGACAUAUUGUCCAUUUUGAUAUGAAAUAUCUGGUACAUGUAUUUAGGGUAAGGGGAGGCAAUCAAAUUCGGUAUCUCUCCCAAAUCACUUGACAGACAACAAACUUUGUUAAAGUAUAGUUUUUUUGUUUUUUUUUUUAAUUACAAAAUGAAAAAUAGUUUAAAGCGUGUAUCUAUUAAUAUGAUAUUCAUAGUAAAAAAGAAAGCUUGAAUUGAAUUUUGGGAUUUUUGUGAUCUUGAUUGUUGCAAUAAAAGUAAGUAUUGUUGUGUCUGUAGUUAUCUGACAGGAGAUUGUUGGCUUACCUGGCUGUGACCACAAGUGUUUAACCUGACCUAGCUUCUUAGCUGCCUUGCUAAAGGUUUGCUUUAGAACAUAAUGCCUUGCUAUGAUCUCCUAUUCAGGGGCUUUUAAAGGGAGAUAAUGCAUAUGAUCGGCUCUAAUACACACUAUGCAUUGGUACCAUAUCAGAGAAACAUUAUUGAAUAUGGUUUUAAUUACUUAAUUCAUUAAUGUGUAAUUGCAGUAAAGAUUUUUUUUUAUAAUUGUAUCAUUGUUGAUAAGAAGUAAAGUCAGUGUAUAUUAGAAUCCCCAAUGUAAAAUAGUGAGUAGUAUCGGUGAUCUGCUGUCGUUAAGUUUUGUGAAUAUCAAGUAGGAUUUUUUCUCUGGUCAUAUCAUUACACAGAGUACACAAAACAAAAUCUAAUUAUGAUUAAUUAUAUGCCUCAGUUGAUGUUUAAUUUUGACAUCUGAACCACGACUUAUUGACAAGGUAUGCACAACAAAUAAGUAUUUGAGUCAAUGUUUAAUAUUAUAUUUGUUUUGUAUUGAUAACGCUCGUUUUUGUAAAUUCUUACCUUUCAUAUAUGUGCAAUUUAAUGAUGUAUUUAGAAAUGUAAGUAAUAUUUUCAAAUGCAAAAUUCAGUCUAGUCCUUUGUUCAGUACACUGUCUUUAAAGAUACAUGUAGUAGGUACAUAUGACAAUGUUUUGUUUUCUUAUUUAUUAGACUUAUGAGAUUUUGUCUUAGAAAUAAGUAUUUGUUAUUGAAAUUAUGAAGGUUGUUUUUUUGUGUGUAUUUUUUCCAUUGUAAAAAGACAUGUUGGUGAUGAGAAAGUAUACAUGAACCAGUAUUUCACUUGGCAGAGAGAAGUGAUAAUUAUGUAUCCUUCAUUCUAUAUAAAGUAUCAUUUUCAAGUACAUCAAUGCAAUAUAAGUAGGUAUAUUCAAUUAUUCAAUGAUUUAUUUACACAUAGCAGUUAUUGUCUCUGGUCAUGAGUCCAUAAGACUAUUCCCUCCUUUGAUAACCUAUUGUGUAUGAAUGAGUUGGGUGUUAGGUGUUUCCACUGAUAGAAGUGGUAUAGUGUUUUUAUGUAUGAGGAGAAUUUUUAGGAAAUAUUAAUGUGUAUAUUGUGAAAAGUUGUUUGUGAUUUUCUACUCUAGCACUCCUGUUAUUGUACCACAUAGCAGAUUUUAUAGGAUUUCUUAUUAGAUUUUUCCCAUUUACAUAAAAAUUACCAUACCAUGAUAUUGUGUCGUAUUUAACACUGGAACAUUUUUUGUCUGUCUUUUUCAUCAAUAAAAAAUGAAAAUAGUUUUUUUCUUGGGACCAAUUCAGUGUCACCAUAGUAUUUCAGUGCAAAACAUCACCUAAAGUCCUUAGUGACUUGUCAACCUAAGUCAUUUCAAAUAAUUGGUAUGUACCCAUUUUAAAAGCCCAAUAUUUGACUGUGUAUUGUACGGGUAAAUAAGAUUAUACAAUCAUGGUAUGGUAACUUUGUUCAUCUUUAUCGUCAAACCUGGCUUGAUGCAGGUUUUAUUUGCUGUAAAAUUUAAAAAAAAAUGCUGAUCAAUCAGCCAUCUAAUAUUUUUAUUGAUUGCAUGAAAUUUCAUCAUUAGUCCCCUGCUAGUGAAACCGGUGGGGACUAUAGAUUUCCUCUUCGUCCAUCUUGUACAUAAUGCCAAAGUUUGCUAGUGCUCUAGAAGCUUCAUUCUUUGAAGGAUUUUGAUCAAACUUCACCCAAUGAUAAAGAACCAUAAUGUCGAGUUCUGGGUCAAGGUAAAAGUCACUGCUACUAUUUUUAGCAGAAGGUAGUAGGGGAAUGUGUUGCUUUAGCCAGAUUGCAGUAGAUUCUGAUUUAAGAACUGGGUGUACAGCCCAGGGAGAAUGGUUUAGAGAUCUGUGAUUCUUUAUGAGCUUCAUCAUUUAUGAUACUUUUAAGGAAGAACACCUGUUAUCAUAUCAUUUACAGCAAACAAAAUCUCCAGGUACCAAGUUUGUUCAUCUAUUUUGCUGUGAUUUUGUAAAUUUUAGAGUUUAUAUCAACUAUAUAUAUAUCCCUAAUGUUAUUUGUACAUUAUCCAUAUUAUUAUGACAAAAGUCAUCAUACAAUAUCUAUAUAUAAAUAAAUAUAUAUAUAUAUUGGUUAAUUAAUUCCUGUUCACAGUAAUUAGUUAUACAUGGUGAAGUGGUCAAAUAAAAUGUUGUUGGAAUUUA